UCAUAUAGAACAGUUUAUUUGACCUUGAGGUCAUAGACAAGCUUGGAAGUAAAAUUCCUCGUCCCGAAAUCAAAAGUUGCGGUAUUCUGUCCAAAAAGAAUUUGACCUUCAAAUGACCUUGACGGUAAUUGCAAAGGUCAUAGAAGAAAGACAUUGUUUAACGUAAAAUUAUUCGCCCUUUACAUUUCCAGUGUUACAUUUAAAAGAACGUUUUUGACCUUCAAGUGACUUUGAAGGUUAUGGCCAAAAGACCUUAUCCAUGUGAUGUAGAUGGGUGCAACAAGUCUUUCCAGCAAUCUUAUCACUUGAAAAGACACAUAGAAACUGUGCAUAUGCAAUGUUAUGAGUUUGUUUGUGAUGAGUCAGACUGUGGGAAAUCAUUCGCUAGUAGCUCUACUUUGAAGAAGCAUAAAACUAGGUCCCACUCCUUACAUACCUGUUCACAGUGUUCAAAAGAGUUUAAGAAGAAAUACCAGUUGAAGAAUCAUAUUCUUUCACACGGCAGUAAUUUUCAUGAAAAUGAGAGUGAACAUGGACAGAAUACCUCUAAAAAAUCAAUUAGAUGCUCUUUUAAAGGAUGCACUGCAUCUUAUAGUAAGCAGUAUUAUUUGACACUUCAUAUGAGGAAACACACUGGAGAGAGACCCUUUGUAUGUGAUAUAGGGAGUUGUGACAAAUCAUACACCCAGGCAUAUCACCUGAAUAGGCAUAAAGCUAGGGUGCAUGAACCAAGUAAAGAAUAUAUUUGCAAAGAAGCAGGCUGCGGACAUGUACUUAGUGACAAAUAUAACUUGAAAAAGCAUAUAGACAGGUACCACUCCUCUAAUGGCCCGUAUAAAUGUUUCCAUUGUAUGCAAGGAUUUUAUAAAAAGUAUGUUUUGAGGAAACAUUUGGCGACGCAUUCGGAAGACCCUGGUCCUAUUAAAUGCAAAAAAUGCAAUUUGGUAUUUCCCACUAGAACAAACUACUUGAAACAUAUGUAUCAACACAAGACGUACAGUUGCACGUGUGGAGUCGUUUUUUAUCGCUCGCACAUGUUUCGUAGACAUAAAAAGAGGUACUGCAGUGAUCAAAAUAAUGUUCAUACCUGCACAGUUUGCAAAAAGACUUUCACGACUGCCUUCAACUUGAAACAACACUCUAAGGUGCACUCGGAAGUUAAGCAGACGUUCAAGUGCCAUUACUCGAAUUGUCAAAGGAGUUAUGAGUAUAAGAAAAACUUGCUAUUCCAUAUAAAUCAUUUCCAUGAAAGCUCGGGAGUAAGAUACGAAUGCCCUGAUUGUUCGAUGACGUUCAAAGAGAAGGUAUAUAUGAAAAGACAUGUUCAAAAUAUCCAUAUGGACAAAAAAGAAACGAAAACAGAAAGGAAGCCUAGAAAAGACAAAGGCAAAUCUAAACCUGAUAAACACCUUGUCGCGAUGUCGGGCUUGAAUCCUGCUCUCAAAAGCGCCUUAAAAAAAUGCAAGACUAACAUUACAGUACAUCCAAAUGAAGAAGAAAGUAAUAUGGCUACGAAAGAAAUCGACUUGUCAAGUAAUGUUUCUGAGAGUGCAAGAACUUCAAUGAAAGAUUUUGAGGCAAAUAAAAUUGUAGUAAAUAGAGAAUUACCAACUAGUGUCCCUGUAGAUAUGCUGCAAGUUUGCUAUUCUGAAGAAAACUCACCAGAAAGCACGGCUGAUGUUACAUUAGAGCCUGGCGAUACAAAUAUUCCUGAGAAGGGUGAUGAAGUAGGAGCUGGUACGAUCGAAAUGAAUGACAAUUUAGAGGUAGAGUUUGCUGAUUUGUUGCCUGGAAACAGUUACGAAGGUAGUUCCCAGAAAAUAAGUUCCGAAGAUCAAAGCUAUAAAGGAGCAAAAAUUGUAGUUCUUAAAAUCGAUGUAAUCAAAGAAUGUGAUAGAGCUUUACAAAAAAUAAAAGACUGUAUAAGCUGA